CCGGCUUAGACGUGCUGCAACUUCGUACUGACGGACCUUGAGACAGUGCACGGAACAUACGCUGUACAGUACGCGUACUUUGUUCCACGCCCGUGGCGAAUCACAAUCACAAUAUUCACCGAAGACACAGAUGGUACCCCUGGUCCACAGCCUAGGAGUCGGCCGUUGUCUUAGUCCCAGGGCUAGAUAUGUCGGGCUGCAUCUCGCGUCACACUAGGAACCCGUCUAGAACGUCUCCAGAGCAGGUGCUAGAGGGGGAGCGGCGGGAAGUCGUAGAUACUCCUGACCCUCGCCGUGCUACCUCAAGCCACCAAGCGGACAAGAACGUGAGUUCGACUUUUCGCGUAAGGAGUCUAUUAGACCUUCCCUCGUCGCGGCACUCACGGCAUGGUUCGAGUGUUGGAACUACUGUGGGUAUCCCUCCUCCGUAUUCUGGUCGAGGACAUGCACGCCUGCCAUCGUCUCCUUUGCGCAUGAGCUCAUCUGCGGAUUCUUCAUCUCCCGAAGACGUUCCUUCUGCCGAUAUGGGCCAUGCCGAUAGGGAGUCAGAUGGCAUAGAGUCCGCGCUCAGCGAGGGACAACCUGUAGACAGGCUGCGAGCAUUGGAUAUCCAGUGGGAUUACAUGGAAUCCAAUGUUCCAAACGCUGAUUUGCAGGAGCGAACCAUGGAAAAGCCCAAGGCGGGGCAGAAUAGACGAUCGAUGGUUAUCUCCGGUUUUGCCAGAGGGAGGGAUUCCGUACGACGCAGCAAGUCGGCUCGCGGCACGUCUCUGGAUUCUCAGUCUCCCGCCGGCCUUGGACGCCCCCUUUCACCACUAAACCGUUGGCUCCACUCUAAUCCCUUCGGUCUCGGUUCAAAACCAGGUAAAACAAUCAUUGACAAGGGUAAAGCAACCGACAUGGACAGCGAGCAUAAGCACCCCUCAGAUGAUGCGCUUGCUAGUCCGACUAACUCCCAAGGGGAUGGCUGUCUUCCAAAGGAUCUUGACGCCAACGAGAAUAGUCCAAUAGAGUCUAGCAAAGAAGAAGGGGCUGGCCUCAUAGCCUCUAGCGAUGGCAAGGCGGCAGCUUCCGACUCUGAAAAGAAAUCAGACAGUGAGGCUGACCCUUCUAAGAUCUCUUCAGAGAACAAAACUAUCGAGGAUAAACAAGAAGAUAUAUCGCCUAUAGAGCAUGGCCCGUUAAAGGCAGUUCUGGCUAGUGCAGAGAGGGAAAAAGCCUCGAAAAAGUCCAAUGGGCGUCGACGCUCAAGUUUUGAAUGCUCUACUUCAACUGUGAAUACGCCAUUUGGAUCCGAUGACGAGGCAGAUCUCUCAGACAUCAGACGUGCCCAGCAGCUCACCAUCCAAAUGUCUGCGAUUGAUAGUUCCAUUCCCAAUAGAUCCGUCAGGACAAUUGUCCGUGGUGACUUCCAUCGAAUCGCCAAGGAAUCAGAAGAUGGUGAUCGCAAACAGCGCAAGUGCCUGGUAGCUACCGACCUCACUGAGGAAUCUGUGUAUGCUUUGGAAUGCACCAUAGGUAGCAUUCUUAGGGACGGCGAUACUAUGUUUGCUGUUUACGCCACCAAUGAGGAAAAAGAAAGCGGCAGAGAUACUGAUGUCGAAUCUGCUAGGACCAGCCAAGACGGUGGCUCUCAGACAGAGGACGAGUCAGCUAGCAACGACCCCCAAGCCGCCUAUCUACCUCGUGCCUUUUUUGGUCGCUUUGGCGGUGCGUCUCAUCAAGACAACAAGACAAGCUCUUUCGAAUAUUCUCAUGGCUCAUCCAAGAUGGAGUUGGAACGCACCCAUGCUGUUGACACCAUUACCCAGACGUGUCUCAGGUUGCUGAGGAAGACCUUGCUUCAAGUGCGGAUUGCCGUCGAAGUAAUACACUGCAAGAGCCCCAAGCAUAUGAUCACUGAAGCUAUCGAUGAACUGGAACCAUCUCUUGUUGUUGUCGGAGCCAGAGACCGAAGCGCGCUGCGAGGUGUUCUUUUGGGUUCAUUCUCAAACUAUCUCGUGACUAAAUCAUCUGUUCCUGUUACGGUCGCACGGAAGGGACACUCUAAGCACAAGGCGAAUAUUCGCUUCGCAAACAACCUGAUAGCUCCAAGGGGACUGCCAGAAGCAAAAGUAGAUUAGCGGCUACAGCUCUGUCCCACGAUCUCGAGACUCCAGCUUGCUGCAACACCAGGCAGUGUAUUCUCAUUCCAUUGGGAUACCACAUUUUCGACAUUUUCUGUUCUGUAACUGUAUGAUUUGAUACCCCUGCCCAUACAAGAUUGAUAUUUCCUUUGUUCUUCUUGCAAAUCGGGUAUUUUUUUUUUUUUCUUUCCAGCUUUCCUCACAUCUCAUUGCUUCAGCAGUAGGCAAGUCAUUCCUCUCCAUACAGAACACCUCUUGUGCUGCCUUCCUUCUUCUUAAGAAGCGACAAAAUUUCUCAAUGAAUGAGCAAAAGCAGAGCAAGAAAAAAAAGGGCCAAUUCUCUGUUUUAGCAUUUGUCAAUAUGGGUCUCAAGUCAACCUUGGAGGGAGAGGAUGGGUUUUCAGAAAGACAAAGAGGUGUAGUUAGAAUCAGAAUCUCGCAAGG